CGAGACACCGGCAUGGCGGAGAGGAAGAUCAAGAUCAGCAACACGCUGCUGCCCACCGAGUCGAUGAAGGUCAUCUCCGAGUCCAUGGGCAUCGCCCAGCUCCCCGAGGAGACGUGCCAGAGCAUGACAGAGGAGGUCAGCUACAGGAUCAAGGAGUUGGCACAGGAUGCCAUGAAGUACAUGCACCACGGCAAGAGGAAAAAACUGACCACCGUCGAUAUCGACAGCGCCCUGAAGCUGAAAAAUGUCGAGCCGCUGUACGGGUUCCACGCCCAGGAGUUCAUCCCCUUCCGCUAUGCCAGUGGUGGCGGCCGGGAGCUCCACUUCUACGAGGAGAAGGAGGUGGAUCUGAGCGACAUCAUCAACACCCCCCUACCUCGAGUACCCCUCGACGUUUGCCUCAAAGCCCACUGGUUGAGCAUUGAGGGCGUGCAGCCGGCCAUCCCGGAGAAUCCACCACCCGCUCCUAAGGAGCAGCCGAAGGUUGAGUCGACGGAGCCGCUGAAGAUCAUCAAGCCGGGGCAGGAGGAGGAAGGUCAAGCCAAGGGCAAAGGUCAAGGCAACGCGGCAAUCGAUGGCAAAGGCAAAGACAAGAAGAAGUCUGUGCUGGAGGGGGGCUUGCUGAAGCUGAAGCCUCGGACCACGCACGAGCUCUCGGUGGAGCAGCAACUCUACUACAAGGAGAUAACCGAGGCCUGUGUGGGCUCCUGUGAGGCCAAGCGUGCCGAGGCGCUGCAGAGCAUCGCCACCGACCCUGGUCUCUACCAGAUGCUGCCCCGGUUCAGCACCUUCAUCUCAGAGGGGGUGCGGGUGAACGUGGUCCAGAAUAACCUGGCUCUGCUCAUCUACCUGAUGCGGAUGGUGAAGGCCCUGAUGGACAAUCCCACCCUGUACCUGGAGAAAUACGUGCACGAGUUGAUCCCGUCCGUGGUGACCUGCAUCGUGAGCCGCCAGCUGUGCCUGCGCCCAGACGUGGACAACCACUGGGCCCUGCGGGACUUUGCCGCGCGCCUGAUGGCCCAGAUCUGCAAGAACUUCAGCACCACCACCAACAACAUCCAGUCGCGCAUCACCAAGACCUUCACCAAGAGCUGGUUGGAUGACAAGACCGCGUGGACCACUCGUUACGGCUGUAUCGCUGGCCUGGCUGAACUGGGGCACGACGUGAACCUGAUCAUCCAGCGGCUACAGGUGGAGGGCGAGCGUAUCCGGGCCGUUCUGGACGGGCCGCUCGUCAGCAACAUCGACCGCAUCGGAGCUGACCACGUACAGAGCCUGCUGCUGAAACACUGCGCUCCGGUGGUGGCCAAGGUUCGCCCGACACCGGACAACCAGGACUCGUACAAGACGGACUACGGCUCGCUGGGCCCCAUGCUGUGCACGCACGUGGUGAAGGCCCGGGCCCAGGCCGCCAUGCAGGCCCAGCAGGUCAACCGCACCACGCUCACCAUCACGCAGCCAAGGCCCACACUCACCAUCUCGCAGGCACCACUCACCACCCAGACCACCCGCUCUCCCAGCAUCAUCAAGGUGCCCAGCUCACUCACCCUGCCCAUGCAGACCCUGGUGUCAGCCCGGCCUAGCACCCCCACACAGCCCUCGCCACAGCCCACCAAGUACAUCAUGAUGUCCUCCAACUCCAGCUCGGCCAGCUCGCAACAGCAGCGCUCCAUGCUGUCGAUACCCGCGGGUGGACAGAGCCCACAGCCGGGCGGGAGUCCCAGCAUCUUCAAGGUGCCCAGCUCCAUCACGCUGCCCAUGCAGACCCUGCUGAGUCGCCCGUCCACGCCCACCCCCUCCUCACCCUCGCCCACCAACUACAUCGUCAUGUCCAGCACCGCUGGCUCCAGCUCACAGCAGGUCAGAGCCAACACGCCCGGGGGGUGGGGCAGGGUGGUUCUAGACUGCGACGGAGUUGUGUUGAACUGGAAGCCACAAGUCUGUGCCGUGUGUCUAGAUGCCUUCCUCUCGAGAACCGGGGCUGUGGUGAAUGAGGGCAGGCGGAUGUGGUCAUGA